AUGGCUACCGUUAUUCACCUGAGAUCCGAGACCAAGCCCUUUGAGAGGCGCUCUCCCCUGUCCCCUCAGACCGCAAAGGCUCUCAUUGAUGCCGGCUACGUCUUGCGCGUUGAGGAGUCGACCGACCGCAUCUACAAGGAUGACGAGUUCAAGGCCGUCGGCGCCGAGAUUAUCCCUGCUGGCUCAUGGGUCAAGGCGCCCCUGGACCACAUCAUCCUGGGCUUGAAGGAGCUCCCGACAGACGGCUCGCCGCUGUCGCACAGCUUUAUUCACUUUCACCACUGCUUCAAGAAGCAGGAUGGGUGGGCGACUGAGCUCUCCCGCUUCGCCAAGGGCAACGGCAUUCUCUACGAUCUCGAGUUCCUCGUCAACGAAAAGGGCCAGCGCGUAGCCGCGUUUGGCUGGAGCGCUGGCUACGCCGGCACGGCCCUCGCGCUGCUCUCCUGGUCGCACCAGAUGCUGCACCCGGGCGUGCCGCAGGAAGCCGUCCCCGCCUUUGACUCGGCCGAGGAGCUAAUGACCCGUGUGCGCUCGGCCCUUGCCGACGCGCUGCCGCUCAACAACGGCGAGUACCCGCGGCUGAUGAUUAUCGGCGCUCUGGGCCGCUGCGGCAACGGCGCUGCGGCGGCCUGCGAGGCCGCCGGCGUCCCCGCCGGGUCGCUCAUCAAGUGGGAUCUGCCCGAGACGGCCAAGGGCGGGCCCUUUGACGAAAUCACCGCUGCCGACAUCCUCGUCAACUGCGUCUACCUGGGCGCCCAUCGCGUGCCGCCCUUUACCACUCUUGAGAAGCUGUCCAAGCCUGACCGUCGUCUGCGCGUCAUCUGCGACGUCAGCUGCGACCCCAACAGCGAGAACAACCCGAUCCCCGUCUACUCGGGCUACAGCUCCUUUGACAGCCCCACGGUCGCGCCGUCGGGCUCGCUGGACGGACCCGAACUGCGCAUCAUUGCGAUUGACCACCUGCCGACCAUGAUUGCGCGCGAGGCUAGUGACGAGUACGCGGGCCUGCUCCUCCCCAGUCUUCUCGAGCUCAAGGAUCGCAAGACUGCUGGCGUGUGGACCCGUGCGGAAAAGACGUUUCGAGACCGCGUCGCAGAACUGCCUUAG